AUGCUUCAAAGCCUUAGUAAGAGUGCCUGGGUCCCCAUGAAACCCUGCUGUACUCAGGGCUAUCAGGAAAUUUGGGUAGGAAUGAAGUUAGUGACUGACCCUCAACAAAAGCAGAAGUGUGCUGAUAAAAGAAGUAAAGCUUUGAAAGGCUCCAGCCCUGCACCUGCCCAUGGCCAGCGCUGA